AUGGAGGUGUGGAGAUAUUUGCUGUUAUCGGCAGCAAUACUACUAUUUAAUGAAAAUUUCUACUCUUACUCGAGUCCAGUAAACGUUAACAGGCUUUCAGGUAAUAAUAUAUACAUGUAGUGAAGAUUUAAUACUUUACUCCCCUCUUGAGUUUGUAGGUCUUAGGAAGGGUAUUUGUUUUGGCACUCAAAGUCUGGAAGAGGCUUGAACAAUUUUGUUUUGAAGUUUAAGUCUGAUUUUCACAUUUGUAUUUCGUUAAACACGAGGAACUUGAGGUUUCAUAUUUUGUUUUAGAAAUAUUUUUAUGUGUUAUCUUUUUCUUAUCAGGAACAUCUGUCAUAUCUCAACCUUUAGACCAUGGACAGGACUUUACUGUGAUGGACUGGAUCAAUGAGGCCAACAAACGUAAGAGGAAACUAAAAACUUUGUUUAAAAAUUACUUGUCGAAAUUAUUCCUUUCUUUUGUUCACAGCAGACAUCAAAACCACGGCGACAAAACAACUUGAACCCUUGGUUAUCUGAUCUUUACUAGAAGAUGAAACUGACAAAUACGUGAUAAAGCACCCCUCCUUUAAAACCGGUCCUGGAGGCCGAUUAAACAGACAGCUUUAGUAGAUGCAAAGAGCCUAAGUAAUAAGUGUUUUUAAGAACUAUCCUGCGAUCAUGGUCUUCCUGUAUCUGGUCUCGAUAUCGUUCCCUUUCUUCUCAAAAGGAAUAAUAAGAUAAAAAAUAAAUGAAUGAAUGAAAAAACGAUGUUAAGAAAAAGGAUGCGUGAGCAAAUUUUAUAAGUAAGUGAAUAUUUAUACUCUGAAUGUCGGUUAAUAAAUGGCGAUCAUCACCGCAGUGAUCGGCUACGGAAGGAAGUAACACAAAUUUGAAAGUCGCAGCAUCAUUACAAAACCCACGCAUAUUUUCAUGUUCCACGCUGCGUCGAAUUUCGCCUAAAUCACGCGAUCCGCCUUCUGACCUACGAAAAGCUACACAAGCAGAAGCAAAGUCACACAACUGGAAACACAAAAUAUCUUAAGAGACUUAAAACACUGUAUUUCAUCUAUCGUUAACACCAAAUACAGGGCAAGUAUUUACACGACUAUUCAGGGUAGGAUUUGACGCUGGGAAGAGUUCAAUGCGUUAAUGAGGUGGAGACAGUCGGCCAAACAACACUUCACUUAUAAUUCUAUUAACUGACCACAAAAAGAAGACUUGUUUAUCCGUCUGUACAGCUUUGUUGCCUUCACUACUGAAAGGAAGUCUUUCUGUACACGUACCAUCAGUGGAAUAAAAACGUGUCCAGAUACCGGACCAUUACUGCAGUGCUCAAACGGACUGAAAGAAGAUAGAUCUAUAGAUCUAUAACGCACAAUUCUGUCAAGGAGAAGUUGAAAAACUUCAAGCAGCACUUCUUCUCAGAAUGUGUCCUCCGCCCAACAAUUACAAAAGUGCACAGAACAGCAGGAAUGUCACUGUGCCACUUAAGGGUGUUUCCCGCUUCCACCACCAUCUAUCCAUCUGGCGAGAUUACGCUGAUUGUGAUUGAGAUCUCCUUGCUAAGCCUAGAUGAUCACGUUUUUCCUUUGAAUUCGAAGAGAACGCUAAAGAACCCACUCCUCUAUUGAAAGAACACCUGGCGUAAACCCAUGUUUUGGCGGACCCUAUGCCAUGCAUUAGCCCACUUGAUGUAAUCAACUUAUAGCCCAUAGUUUUAGGAGGCCUAAUCAUUAAAAAGUUACUUUCUUUGAGAUUCUCCUCGCCACUUUCUCGUUUUUUAAGAAAUUUUUACACUGCGAGCUGUAUUGUAACUUCUGCAAGUGGCCAAUAAGUUUAUAUAAUUAAACAGUCCGGGCCAUACAACCAUUUCUGGUUACAGAUUUCGUGCGUUGAGAUUGGUGGAAGUCAAAACCAAAACAAAGUAAAUUUGGCCGAGAGAUACUGGAAAUGAUUAGAAGUGCGACAAUUUUUUUUUAUGGCGGCCGUUUGUUAUGCGGCAAUCGGCCGAAACAAAAUAUUAUUUAUUUCUUAUAUUUAACACUGCACCCCAGGCACUGCACGGAAAGAUAGCAUAGAGGUCAAUAAAUAAAUGUGGUGUCACAUAUCCGCGUAUAUUCAGAUGCCAUCGGAUGUGCGUAGGGGUGGUCUGUGUUUCAUUUCACUGCAGAUUAACUAGCAUUAGAAUUAACUAAAUCAGUGGAUGGUAAUUUUUGCACGCUUUGUUUUUCGAUAUAAAUGUGUUAACCAACUCUUAAAUGUCCUUUCUUCUCCAGUAACUCGAAAGAUCCUUGGUUAUUCAAUGUUUUGGGGUCGGGAGUCAAAAUGUCGUCUCGUUUUCGCGACAAUUUCUGCGAGCACCAACAUUUAGCGAUAACGGAAGCAACCUUACCAACAAAUACCAAAACAUCGACAUAAUUUGGAUUGACGAUUCUUAUUUUUAGUAUAGAAUUAUUUUCUCACCAAAUUUGCAAUAAAAUCAUUAUAAUGCACUAGAUAAAAGCCCUGAAACCUUGUCAAUUAAAACGUGAGCAAAGCUAUUACUAAGUGACGUCUUUUAGUUUUAUUGAAUUUUAUUAGUUCUGAUACUUUUUAGAGCUUUCAUAGUGUCGUCUAACCGAACAUCCGAACAAUGCCGUAUCAAACCUCUAAUUUAAAACUCCUUGUAAUGCUUUGUUUGCCAGCAUAUAGCAUGGAAGGGGAUAUAGCUCUAACAGAAAGGGAUGGAAAUGUGUAUGAGAAAAUACGCUUUAGGAGGAGUGCUGUCCGACAAAGAAAGAAGUUAUGGCCCAACAGAGUGGUGCCCUACGAGAUCGAGGAGGCACUUGGUAAGUUAAAUUUCAUCGCUCGACAUCGCAGUGUUUACUUUGUAACACACACACAAAAAAAAAAAACAAUAAAAAAAACUAAAGGAGUUGCUUUAAGAAAAUAUUUAGCCUGAUAUCGAUAGCGCUGCACACUACUCCACCACCCGAGCUAUCAAGCCUCCUGGGAGCAUGGAACCGUUGUUUAAUGAUGGGUGUUGCAUAGACUAGAAAUAUACUACGAACGGUAAUAAAUACUCUUGUGUUUCAGCUUCACAUAAAAAGAACAUCUUGGCAGCCAUAGAUGAAUUUCACAAACACACUUGUAUCAGAUUCAAGGAGAGAAAAAACGAAAAGUACUGGAUCAAAUUUAGCAAAGGCAAAGGGUGAGCAUAGCUUAAUAUACCUGCGUAUGCUACAGGCACGUGUGUCUUCUAGAGGAAGUGAUUAAUAUAAAAUCUAUUUGUGAUAGACACCCACGCAAAGUGGACACCUCAACAAGAGGCAGCCGCACGAUGGUCAUAGAAUUCUAAGGCUGUCAUCCAGUAAAGUGAAUUUGCUAUAAAGGGGAAUGACCUUUCUGUGCAGGCGGACAUCUGCGAAUGACCUAAUCCCAUCGAGCUUCACUCACGUGGCUUGUUUCUAAGGUGGCUAAUUUAGUUAGUUUAGCUAUUUUCUGAUGUUUUCCGUCGUUCGCAAAUCAGACUAUUCUACUGCUCAGCUCAGCACAAAUCAUCCGCCAUAAUGUGCAACCUUGACUUAAAUCUGUUGGUAUUUUCCCAGAUGUUGGUCAUACAUAGGACGCUUAUACUGGCGGAGGGGUGCCCAGGAACUCUCUUUAGGUCGGAGAUGUAACAAAAAAGGAAUAAUCAUGCAUGAGCUAAUGCAUGCCGUAGGUUUCUGGCACGAGCAGUCGCGGCCGGACAGAGAUCAGUACGUUGAGAUCCUUUGGGAAAACAUUGAAAAAGGUAGGACAGCGCUCAUUGUUAACAGCGAGAAAACGCUUUGGGUUUUGGAGGCUUUCCAGCCAAAGAGUUCUCCUCCACUUCUUUUCCUGCCGUUAAUAAAAUACGAAUGUUUCUUUAGCCCUUAAUUUCUUCGGUGCGUCGAGUUCAUAUUAAAGUUCGGAGAAAUUCAUAAUUAAUACCCAAGUCCUUCUGAUUCAAAAUUUGCACUAAAAGCAUUUCACAUGUACUGGAAAUAUCACUCGAAAAGAUCAUUUCCUAGGCAGGUGCUUAUAAGAUAUGUUUUUAUUCACAGGAAUGGAAGGACAAUUCAACAAGUACAAACAUUCUAAAGUAGAUAGCAUUGGUUUUGAUUACGACUAUAGUAGUCUGAUGCAUUAUGGGAAGGUCACAUUUUCAAGGAAUGGCAAGCCUACGAUCCGAGCGUUGAACAACCCAUAUAUGUCCCUUGGGCGAGGAGGUGGCUUUAGUGAACUUGACAUCAAGAAAAUGAACGCUCUUUAUGACUGCAAAAGUAAGUUCUUAAUAAAGAUUAGAAGUACCGCUGUUACUUAUUGAGUAAAUUUUCUUUGCUGACCAUGCGUCCAGCUGAAGCUGAAACAAACUGGUAAUUCCUUACGAAAUUCAAUCAGAAGAUACUAUUCACUUCGGGAGUAUGCAGCCGGGGGGGGACGGGGGGAGGAUUAUGAUUUUCUACGUCAGAGGUGUGGUAAUUCCAUGCAUCCAAUAAUUGGACAAUCUAACGUCUUUUAACAGAUGAACAGGAGUUAGGAUGGAGUGAGUGGUCAGCAUACACUCCCUGUAACAGCAGAUGUAUGAAGUAUCGUCAGCGAGUAUGUUUCUCGCCGCGGUCGCAUUGUCCCGGGGCCGACUCGCAUGGAAUUCAAACCGACCGCCGAAAAUGCAGCCAUGACGAAUGUUACGGUAGGUCAAACAUCCGGGUGUCUUCAUACUUACAACAGAUGGCUCACUUUAGUGACGAUUUAUAUUCGUUCAGUUUAAACCGGUAAAGUUUCUAACUAAUAGUGAUAAAGACCGCGGAAUACCCUUUCGUGAAGCAUCCACUAGCAACACUGCAUCGGUUUCCUCGUGCUGGAAUAAGCUGUUCAUUGCGUGCACUGCUGCCUCACUCCCGGAUUUGUGUCCGCGCAAACCUGAAGUGAGCCACUCGACUCUAGUAUGUCACGCACUUCCCAAUAAUUCUUCUGAUUACUUCCCCCACUCCUAUUGGUCGGACUUUACCGUUACCCUUAUCCAGCGGGAUAAGACUGACUUGCUAGAAUCGGCUCAAUAGUCGUCGGAUCAAUGUAUUCUGUGCACAACUGAUGGGUCAGAGUUGCAAGAGUGUCGCACAAAUUAGACUCAGAUUUCGUGAAUGACUUGUGAUCAAGGAUCCUUUGAAAUCCAUUAGCGUCUACAUUUGAGGGAUCUCCAUCACCUUUAGUUCUUAGUGCUGCUUCUCUAAUCAUUUCACCAGUGAUCUCAUUAUAAGCUGACUCGUGCACCUCCUCAUCUGGACCAAACUGCAGCUUUCCCAGCUUAGCUGGUUUCGCUUUUGGGUGCUUGUCAUGCAGUUGCGUCGUGACGUCAUCAGUCGGGGAUAAUUCACCUCCACAGCCAUCAUCAGUAAAGUAUCGUAGGAUGGAGUUUAUUUGCCUUUCCAUGAUGAGCUUCGCAGAUAUCUUUGCUUUGUGCAGAGGAUCUUUUUUUGGGAUCUAACUAGGCGUUUUUGGAUCGUUCGUCCUUCUCGUAACAGCUCAACAGUGCUAGCCUCUUUGCUUCGCAUUCUUGAUGAUCCUUUGCCUUAAAACUUUUGACUUGGUUUUUGCAUCCCUAGAGCCAAAAGAAAAAAAGCUGCUUUCAAAGCUGUAUGCUGACUCCCGACCCGUUGUUCCAGUCGUUUAUGUGCUUUGUAAGUUGAUCAAUAAAUUCUCUGCCGAUUUUCCCGUACGGAACUAAGAAGGUGUUUUUGCUUCGAGGUUAUCUCAAUAUACGCGUUGAUGAUUUCUGAGUUGACUGUUAUCACUUUUCCUUCCGAUUGACCGCAAACAAUCGAUUAAGGCGUGUCCACAGUUGAAAAUUCCGCCGGCAUGGAGCCUGGCACCUCAGCAAAUAUGAUCUCAUUAGCCGUUUCGUCACGCUCUUCGUCUAAUUAUUCCUCGGAGACUUGAAAUUCAAGCUAUCAUUCGGCGGGAAUUUAGCAUUUUGGCUUCCUUGCUCUUAAUCAUUUCGAUCAUUUUCAUCAUCAGAAAUUGUAAUUCUUGUUUGCGACUGAAAGUUCCCUGAGUCGUUUGUCACUCUGGACUCCUCUGGAGUAGUAUCCACAGAGCAUUUUUGCAAUCUUUCGAGUCUUGCGCUCUGAUCCCUCAGGUUUUCGGCUUUUAUACCAAGAUUUUCACAGCCCAUUUUGUCCCAUAGUCGUUUCAUCACUUCAAUGUACCCUUUCUUUCUACCAUCCUUUUCAUGACCCGUCUUUUACAAUCCAAUACAUCUCAAUUUAUUUGCUCAGUCCAUUUUACAGUUUUUACUGCUUUUCUAGACAUCGCUCUCUCUCCUCCUCCUCCUCCUCCUGUUAAUAACAACAGUUAUAAUAAAUAGACAGGGUAUUGUCUUAAACUGAUCACGCAGUGAGAUUAAAGGGCUAAACGACAUCUGAAAGUGGAGCAUUAUGUUCAGUCGGAAUCCUCUUUCACCCGAUACAGAUUAUUUGUAAAUGGAAAUUUUUGUACUUAGCCACUAACCAUGGCUAAAUGUCUUAUUGUAUAAAAAAUAAUAAUGCCUUAUUUCCGUCACAUUGUAAUCCGAGCGCUUGCCUGAUUCUGUUUUUAGCGCCAGUCGAUGGCAACUGGGGACGAUGGGCUGCAUGGAAUGCCUGUGACAAGUCCUGUGGUUACGGCAAACAGAAAAGAAAGAGAACAUGCAGUGACCCAGCGCCCAAAUUUGGCGGCAAAACAUGUCCAGGAGCGGAUACACAAUUCCGAAUGUGCAAUAUGAUGGCGUGCCUUGAUAGUAGGUGGAAUUUGUACUUUCCUUUGCUUUAAAUCAAGUGUUACUUAAAGAAAAGAAAAUCUUUGCAAGUUGACUGCGGUCCCGAAAGAGAACUGAAAGCUCCUCUCAAACCAACAACUGUAUUAGGAUAGCCUUUCACCACGUUUGAGGUCUAAGUAAGAAAAGGACUUAAGCCUUUGCUUCCCGCAACAAAAAGACCUCUGAUUUGAGUCCUGCAUUCUGCAUUCUAGUUAAUUGUUUAAAGCAUUCAGAACAAUUCUUUUAACUGGCCAAGAUUGAGUAAAAUAUUAUUGCAUUAAAAGCGCCAUUAAAGAACCAUUAAAAAGGGUGCUCUGUAAGUCACUAAAUUAUACAAAGAAAUAUUAACCUUAAAAUAAGGCCAUACGAAUUGAAAAUAAAGUGGUUUUUUGUAAUAUUUGGUCAAGGUAUGUCGAGGAUUGUAAGCUGUAGCAAAAAUUUGCGGGCAAUCCUGGACAUGUGCGAUUUAGUUUUAGGUACUUUUUCCUCUAUGUUAGUAAAUUUCAACGCUUAUGACUGAAGAUCGAAAGUAGGAAAGGCUAGUGAUACGCGGCUUAUCAUUAUGCUGCUGGUGGGCGGCGCCAAUACCACUUUCACUAUUAUCCUAUGAUUUUUGUACUUGAAUAGAUGAUUGUCACUAAAUAACAGCUUGAGAUAUUUCUUAAGGUUGAAUGAAUCUGGCUUUAGGUGAUUGAUGUUUCUUAGUCUAUCCAGUAUGGACGCGGUCUGUGUUAGUGCUUUGCCUUGUUGUAAGAUUUCAGUUUAAUUUUACGUUGGUAAAUUGACUUUUUUGAGAGAGCCGAAUUUUUGUGCGCUUUUGAGCACUUUUGAUGUCGACACUGACAAACCUUUUUCACUUCCUAUUUGUUCUAGACUCAGUAGAUUGCAAUUUCGAUCAAGAUUAUUGUCACUGGACAAAUGCAUGGAGCACCUCUCCGUCAUUCAAAUGGUACCGCCAUAGGGGUCCCACCCCUAGUAGAAAUACAGGACCAAACGGCGAUCACGGUGGCAAAAAUGGUGUGUUUUUAUUUACGUUAGUGUUUCUUUUACACAGUCCAAAAACACUUCUCAAUCUAUGCUCAUAAGUAUUCUUUUUAGCUUAAAACGAUAUUAUUUUUCCCUUCCAUGAGAGCUUCGUUAGGCAGCCCACAAUAGCAGAGAACAAACGUGAACCCAACAUUUUGCGACGCGUUUUGGCGCAAGCUCAAAUUUGUCAUGCUUAAAUUCAUUUACCCGAAACAUUCGAUAAUUGGACCUGAACUAAUGAGAACAAACAGGCCGCUAGGAAACCCAAACACAGGCAGUGCUUGAUGACAUUUUAAGAGUAGGAUAAUAGGGCUACAUGUAGAGCUUUACGGCUUCAUGGUGUUAACUUGUCCUGGUUUAAGCGGACUGAGAAAUUUUUCGUUAUUUUUUGCCUAGGGUAUUACCUAUACAUCGAGUCUUCGUACCCUGCGAGGUUUGGAUAUAAGUCUCAGUUGAUGAGCGAAUUAUUCGAGCCAACUGAAGAGAGGUGUCUCAGCUGGUGGUACAGCAUGCACGGAAGGACCGUGGGGACACUUAAUGUAUACCAUAUAAACAGCCGAUCGGGGAAUAAGACGAGAAUUUGGUCAAAAUCUGGAGAACAAGGAAAAGACUGGAAACAGACGCAUAUUUCAUUCAGUUCCGACUCUAAAUACAGAGUAAGUAAGGCAUUCUGAUUCUGGAAGCCCAAAAUAGAAAACUAACAGAAAGAUUAACGCCUAAUAAAAUAAGUGUUACUCAAAGGAGACUCUACUCUAUAAAAACCUUAGUACGAUGAACAAAUCAAUUUGCCGUACUGCCCAGAAGGCCGAACAGUUCACCACAGUUAUUUGGAUAUCCAAGUCAGUCAGAAACCUCAGUAUGACAGACAAACCCGUGAGGUGGAUGUCCAGUUAGGCUACUCUUAUGGUGGCAGGAGACACCCUAAACUGCCAUUCAUCACAGUAAAGGGGACAGUCUAGUUAGGUGGACAGUAAGACAGACACGAUGGUAACAUGGAUAACCCAGACGUCAGUUGGACACCUCGUUAUGGUGAACUAUCCACUAAGGUGGGCGGCCCAACUUGCCGUGAAUCUCAAUAGGACAGAUAGUUCAGUUAGGUUGACAGUAUAAGACAGAAACCGCAAUGAGUUAAACACCCCAGCCCCCUCAUGUGGUUAACAGCCUCACUGCUAAGACGAUACCCUCUCUUUAAACGAAAACCCCCAUAAGGGUAGCCACCCAUGGCCAGUCCAUAAGGACACUUAAAACACUGAGAUUUGCGUGCAUCAUCAUCAGUGUGACAGGUGUUGAGUUAGUAUUCAUCUCAGUUUCUCAUCAGACGACAAAAAUGUAACAUUUCUUGUUCCUUUUUUCUGUUUUCAGGUAUUGUUUGAGGGAUUACGUGGCCGAGGAUACACGGGUGAUAUUGCUCUUGAUGACAUUCAGUUCAGAGAGGGCUCCUGCCUAAACAAUGGAUUCAUCAAAUUCUAAUAGACGUAACUGAAUUGUCUUUAAAGAUAUAUUAUGUACAUAUUCCGCAUUACAUAAAUGCCUCCUAAACCCGCGCGAAUAAGAAUCAUAAAGCGAAUGUCAAUUGCUUAGAUGUCAGUAAAUCUUUUAUGCAGAACAGGCAGAAUAAUCAAGGUCCGAGGAAAAGAAUGGGGAAAUACCACUAAUGUGAAUAAUAUAUAUUAUGUACCUACCAACUUCAGCUUAAUGUUUUUUCUUUUUUCUUCGGUUUAUACAUUGUGUUCGUCUCGUUUCGUUUAGUUUUAUUUUAAUCAUUUAUUUUUCGUAGUACCGGAACAUUUCAAAUUAUGUGAAUUUAAGUUACUGCCAUUCAUAAAGCAGUUUCCACCACCUCGCAGUACAUGCCAUAAAAAAAAAAAGUUUUAACCUUUUCUUGUGUUCAGCACAUGAAGCAAACAUUUUUUCCCGUUAAGUUUCAAAGCAACAAACUAUAAGCAGUUUAUUACAUCGUUUUUAAAUCGGUCAUCACAGGUCUUUCAAUUUCUUUGCCUUCGAAUGCUUAGUAGUUGCAAAUAUUUGCUCUUUUGAAAUCGUUUUUUAUUGGAUAGAUGUAGUUAGAAAAUCAUAGAAUUAGAGAAAUAUCACUUAUUCUCUUUUUUCCAAACUUUGUUAGUUAAAUGUAAGUGGACAGUUUACCCUGGAUGUUGUAGCCAUUUGACGGAAAUUUAGAAAUAUGGCAAUUUGGUAGUUUUUCUGUAUACCCCACGAAAAACUAUUUCCUAUUUUAAUGCUAUUUUUGCCUGCUCUGUAUUUAUUCCAUCGUUUACCAAUGGAAAGACUACAUUUCUUCACUGAUAGUCACAUACUCUGUUUAAUUGUCUUUACCAGUCAGAGUCAUUUGUUUGUAGAUUACCCAUCAUAGAAUCGCUAGAGCGGUACAAUAUGUUUAUCGGUGCAAACUUUUUAAUCUAUUAAUUAUCUCAAUAACAAAAUGCUCGAAUCUGAUUGGAUCUUAACAGCCCGUAAUCGGAUACGUCCAAUCGGAAAUUUAAACAGCCAAUGAAAAUCAAGUCGCGUUUUACUGGACAAGGAAAAUUGACGGCAUAGCCCAUGAACAGCGAUAAGACUCAAUGAAAAGAUAAUGAGUGAAUAGGCUGUCAGGCUUCAGCUUGAAAAGAAAAAUCGAGGAAAUUAAUGGUCCAGUGAUAUUUAUUCUUCAAUCUUUGACACAUGUUAACCCCCUUAAUUUAGAAAGUAUUCGGACCUCGAUUUACCAAAAAUUGUAAGGAAUGAUUUUGCUUCGGAAGCUGUAAGUUUAUGUAAUAAGAACUUUGUACUUACAUCAGCUAAGGGUUCCAAUACUGAGAUUCUCUCAUUUUGUUAUUGACACAGUCAACAAGUAAUAGGACUUCGUGACGUACAAUUCAGGGGUUUUCGGGCUCGUCAUUUCAUAUCGGCCUCGAUCAGCCGAUUUGGAAUUAUUCGCCCGAUUACUCCCUGAAUUGUAUGUCACUCUGUCCUAUUACCAUCAGUCCUAUUACCAUCACGUAUCACUUACUAUCAUGUAGAAAAGAUCUCUUCCGUCACCUCAAACACUCAAGGAAACCAAGGAAAUCACCUGGCUGAAAGUGAAAGCUCGAAAUUUAUUUUCACUAAGGCUACGUAAAGCAGAAUAUGUUAGGGAUGACGGAAGUAGACAUGCCUCAGUAAUUAGUUGAUUAACCU